AUGCCUGAGAGGUCACGCCGAGAAGGAGGAGGGCUUCCGCUGUGCUGCGUACGUGUGUGAGAGGGAAAAUGGGAAGUGGACUCCUUGAGCAUGUAUAAGUAUAGGUAUGGACUUUGCUGCUCACCCGACUGAUGUUGUGCUUCGCAUCAGUCAAGAGCCAGCGGAUUUACCUUAUUUACGAUGGCACCUUUGGCGUCUGUCGCCCUGGUCCUCAGCAGUCUGGCCAGCCUCGUGGCCGGCCAUGGCUAUCUCAAGAGCAUCACUGUCAACGGCCAAAACUAUCUCGCGUGGCAGGUCGGACAAGACGACUAUGUGACCCCGACGCCAUCUCGUUACGCCCGCAAGCUUGCCAACAACGGGCCCGUUCCCGACUUCUAUACCAGCAAGGACAUUACCUGUGGUGUUGGGGGGAAUAUUCCUGCCGCGGGCGUCAUCGAGCUGAAGGCUGGAGACACCGUUACCUUCAAUUGGGACCAAUGGAACUCUGAUCAUCCUGGACCAGUCAUGACGUGAGUGCCGAUUUCACUCCUGCAUUCCCCCUGAUGCAUUACUGACAAACCAUCCUCUCCCGGACUAGGUACCUCGCCAAAUGCCCCAACAACGACUGCAAAUCCUUCAAGGGCGACUCAGGCAACGUGUGGGUCAAGAU